AAAAUACACAAGAGAGCAGAAGAAGGAGGAGGAGAAGAAGGAAGGAGAAGAAGCAGCAGAUAAAACAAAAAUAAGACCACCCCAAAAAAAAAAAGAAAAAAAAAAGAGAAAUAAUUUUUUGACCAUUGUUUCCGGUGCUGUCUUUCUCUCUCUAUCUCAGAUGGUAAAGGGAGGGAAAGUUAGUUCCAAGCGAAGAGUCAAGCCACGGAUUCGGUCUGAUUAUAAGGGUUCAGAUGAUUCGGAUGAAGAUUAUGUGGUUUCAGAUGAAGAAAAGCUAGUUUCUGAGGAUUUGGAGGAGGAUUAUUGCUCCUCUUUGGAUGAGAAUGCAUCAGAAGAGAUUGGUAGUUUUGCAAAGGAGGAAGAGGAAGAGAGCUGGGGGAGAAAGAACAGUAGAUCAAGAGCAAAAAAGGGUGUUGGUAGAUCAAGAGCAAAAAAGAGUAUUGAUAGAUCUAUUGAGGACGAAGAGGUGGAGGAUGAGCUGGAAGAGGAGGAGGAAGAUGAGGAGGAAAUGAAAAAGGUGAGAAAGAACGGUAGAUCAAGAGUGAAAAAGGGUAAAGAUAUAUUUAUUGCGGACGAGGAGGAGGAUGAGCUGGAGGAGGAAGAAGAAGAAGAGGAAAAGGCAAUGAAAGAGGUGAGGAAGGUGGGUAGAUCACAGUCCCAAAACGGUUUCUCUGGAAUGCUGAAAAAUAGGGUUAAAACAUCACAAAAGAGGAGAAGGGCUACAUAUGAAGACAUGGCAGAUGAGGAUUAUGAUGAUGAAGAAGAUGACGACGACGACUACGAUGAGGAAUCUGAUGAAGAUGAUUUUUCAGAAUCGGAAGAAGAAUCAAGGGUGAAAAAGAAGAAAACUAAUGUGAAAGUGGGCAAGCGGCGUUUGAAGAAAAAAGUUCCCAUAAGAAGAAAAUCAAAGAAGCCUUUGAGAAAGAAACAAAAAAGGAAUCGUACAUUGAGGAGGAAAGUAAGAUCUGAUGAUGAUGAUGGUGAUUUUAUGGACAGUAACCUGCCUGUGAGAGAGAAGAACAAGAAAAAAAGGCCAAACAAAAGGAGGAGAGUUGUUGCUCCAUCCGAUUCAGAUUUUGUGUCUUCUGGAUCAUCUGACUGUGAUUACACCAUUUCUGAGGAAGAGAGAGAGCAAGUGAGGGAAGCCAGGCAGUUGUGCGGAAGUUUGGAACCUAAUUUCAGAAGCUCAAUACUGCCUGACAAAAUUCAGGAGAAUGAGAUUGUACAGCUGCCAAGAAAGCCUCCUGGUAGGAAAGGUAAAGAAAAGGUUGAGCAAGUGCAGGUCGAGGUGGUUAAGCAGGUCUGUGGAAUUUGUCUCUCUGAGGAAGAUAAGAGAAGAGUCCGGGGAACACUAGACUGCUGCACUCAUUAUUUUUGUUUUUCCUGCAUCAUGGAAUGGGGCAAAGUGGAAUCUCGCUGCCCGUUAUGCAAGCAGAGGUUUAAAGCAAUUAGUAAACCCACAAGAGCAGGAACUGAUUUGAGAGACGUGGUGAUAACAGUCCCUGAGCGUGAUCAGGUUUAUCAGCCGACAGAAGAAGAACUGAGAAGUUAUCUUGACCCUUAUGAGAAUGUGAUUUGUACAGAAUGUCAUGAAGGUGGAGAAGAUGGGCUCAUGCUACUGUGUGAUGUGUGCGAUUCACCUGCUCACACCUAUUGUGUUGGUCUUGGGCGGGAAGUACCCGAAGGUAAUUGGUACUGUAAUGGUUGUAGACCUGUUGCUCUGGGAUCCUCAAGUUCCCAGGUUCAAGGUUGGUUACCUGAGCAGAGAACUACAAACAACAUCUUGCCUAAUAGACAAUCACCUGCUGUAAGUUUUGGUGAAGGUUUAGAGAUAGACCUUAAUUCAGUGUCCUCUCCUCGUUCCUAUAUUACUCAAGGAUUUGGGAACUCCUCCUCCCCUUGGUUUCAUGUUGGAGGUUUUCAAGUAGCUUCCCCGGGAUCUGGGGCAGGGGCACCAACUCUGUCAGGAAGACGUUUAAUGCACCGUCAUAUUCAGCAAUUGAUUACUGCUAGUAGAAUGAAUUAUUUGGCCAGUAGAAAUGAGAGGAAUUCAUCUGCUAAUUUGAGUACUGAUGUCUUAAAUGCUCAAACUGCUCAGGGGAGGGAAACAGUAGUUCAGCAUACAAGGACAGACGGAAUGGGCAGAUCUCUUCACCCAUUCUUUGGGGAGAGAUUACAAGAAAACCCCUCACUACAAGUGCAGGAUAAUGAUAUCUUUUUGUCAACAUCAAGCCAUCAGAGAAGGCAAGUAGUCCAGGAUCCAACUACAACUUCUGCUGAUAGACCUAGCAAUGGAACAUUAUGGCCUGGACUUACCCCAGAGAAUACAAUAUCAGGUCCCCCUCACUUCAGCAGUAUAUCCGAUGGUGGUUUGUCCCCCAAUACAGUUAUGGGACCAAGUGAUUUUCACAGAGCAAAGGAACAACUGCAAUCAUUGGUCAUAAGCCACGUAAAAAACUUAUCCCGAGAUAGGGAUUUAGGCCAAAGUACUACUACUUUGCAGGAGAUCGCAAGGAGUGCUAUGCACACUGUCCUAGCUGCAUGUGAACUGGAGCACACAGGCAGUGAGGUAGUUCCCGUGCCGCCUUCAUCACCGUGCCCUCACAUUGAAUUAAUGGCAGGAAAGACAAGUCUGAUGAGAGGUUGCUGUUCAUCUUGUUUUGCACAGUUCGUUGAGGACGUGGUAAAGAAGGUCAUGGAAUACAGACUACCGCCGUGGUUGAGAUUAGCUCUUUAGGUAUUGAUGUGGCAGGUGUGCUUUUGCCCCUCCCCAUUUUGUUAGGAGUUUAGAAAACGGUUUCUUUUAACUUGUUUAUAGAUUUAACUCCAAACGACUCCAUUCAUAUUCAAUCCAAUUGUUUAGAUAGCAUAAUUCAAAUAAUUCAGUGCCAGUUGCUCUCAA